AUGACGUCUCGCCAGGCGAUCGAGCUCCACGAAGCCAUGCUGCUCCAGCAGUCGCACUUGUUCACACAAGCAGAGCUCGAGUCGCUGCUGGAAGAACAGGACAAGGACAAGCUGAUUGAUUUCAUGCAGGAACUUAUCAACAACCAGCUGGUCAAGCUGGCCCAGGCAGAAAACGUGCUGUACUACCAGGCUCUUUCGCACGAGGAGGCGGUGAAAAUCAAAAAUAUGACUCCUGACGAGGCCAUGGUCUACUCGUAUAUCGAAGCAGCAGGCCGGGAGGGCAUUUGGACGAAAACGAUCAGAGCCAAGUCAAACCUCCAUCAGCACGUCGUCACCAGAUGCCUGAAAAGCCUGGAGGGACAAAACUAUAUCAAGGCUGUGAAAAGUGUAAAGCAUCCAACCCGCAAAAUAUACAUGUUGUAUGCCCUUCAGCCGUCAAUUGAACUCACGGGCGGGCCCUGGUUCACGGAAGGAGAACUCGAUAGCGACUUUAUCAACACCAUGCUCACUCUUGUCUGGAGCUUUAUUGCGGACUCCACAUACCCCCAGGCCUUCCAGGCUCCGUUCGCUCAAAUGUGUUAUCCGCCAGACUACAAGGACUUUCCUAUUCUUGAAGACGUCCACAGCUGGAUCAUUAGCAACAAGGUAUCCACGGUUGAUCUUGGUCUUGCCGACGUGCGUGCCUUGUGCGACGUGCUUGUGUAUGACGACAAAAUUGAGCUCACUCCUGACGGGCGCUACAAAGCUACCUGGUCGUCUAUCAAGGCAAAACACGGUGUAACCUCUCGCGGGCUCGAGGGAGUGCUGGACGUCCCUGAAAUGCCACCGCUGUCCGAUACACCAUCUCUGUAG